GCGCUAAAGCACGUGUAGUGCCUGAAGGCAGUUGCUGGGAACUGUGACUCAGUUGUCAAGAUGUUCAGUAAACGAGACGUGUCUACUGUUGCUCCUCAAAAGAUGAGACGAUUCUUGAUGUUCACUGUUCCCUCUUUGGUUCUGUUGGGUUUGCUAUCGCUUACCGGCUGGCGGUGGUGGAGGAAGAGAGUCAGGAGGCCUACCUCAGUGGACCAUUCUACUGCCCUAGUAUCUGUGCAGCACUCACCAUCAAUCUCGGAGGAUUCUGGCGUUAACGUUGUGGACGGUGCCCAAGUUGAAGAAAAGAGCUGUAAAGAAAACCUAACAGUUGCUAGCGGAGGAAAUGCUGAGUUGACAAACAAACCACACUGGAAAUAUCCCACUGCCUCAAGUGAUGUCAAUUCUGAGACCAUGUCUGAAGUUGGGAGCCUUUGUUCCUCUGAGGAGGUCUUCUCUGAGACACAACAUUUUGAAAUGUCUACUUUUACUCCUGGAAUAUCCAAGGCAAAGAAAGUUGCUGUUAGCCAAUCUACGUCUUGUGUUGAAGACCGGCCAUCCCACGCUAUGCAGAUGUUGAAGUCUCUCAGUACUCCUAAUCUUGGACCCAUCAAUUGGCCCAACAGGAAGCGUGUGAUGAUACAACUCCCCCGCGAUAUGGUGGGUCGAUUUAUUGGUAAACAAGGCCGCAACAUCAAGUCCCUCAUGGCUGAAGCUGAUGGAGCUCAUGUGUAUGUCAACCAGAAGAACCUGCCCAAAGAUGCUCUCAUUGUACCCUGCACUGUUCAAGGUACCUGUGAACAAGUGGAGAAAGCUCUCAAAAUCAUUGCUAUUCGAUAUCCUGAGUUGGAUCUGCCUGGACAGUUGGACAAGAGUAUCAACAAUCAACAACCUUUCCCCAGCCCGCUAUUUGGUACCCCUCGACUAAACGGAGAAUCAUGGAACACUACUCUUGCUGCUGCUCAAAUCCCCUCCUCACCAUUCAAGGCUAUGGUGACCUACAUUGAGAGCCUUAGUCGAUUAUGGAUUGUACCAUACAACAAAAGUGCUGAGCUGGACGAACAACAUCAGAGCAUGAGUUAUACCUACUGCUAUGCCGUUGCUACUGGCAACGACACCACAUAUGCGUCUGAAGGUGAUGAUAGUUUACUCAAGAAGUUUUGUGCUGUUCGAGUGAGUGACAUCCACUGGCUGCGAGGACAGAUGGCUAAACUGAAUGAUGAGGGAAGCAACUACGAGGUGUUAUUAGUGGACUAUGGGAGUACUGUCAUGGUCCCGCAUACUGCCAUCCGACCACUCAGGAGAGAGCACACUACACUGCCCAUACAAGCAUUUCCCUGUGAGCUGGCUAAUGUCAUCCCUAAUGAUGCCAUGUCAGAGGAUGGACUGAUGAGUCUACAGACACUAGUGGAGGGCAUGGUUCUGGAGGUGCAUAUCACAGAGCUGCCAGCAGCGCCUCUUACUCCUGGUAAAGACACUCCUGGUAAAGACCCCACCAUCGUUAUCAAGAUAGAGGGAGAGGAGGACAUGACUGAGGCCAUGACUGAGGGAGGGACCACAGAGCCACUGUCUAAAGAACCUCAUGAGGAGAAUAUUGUUCUAAAGUGGUUCCAUAUUGAACCAGCGCCACUCGUCGAACUAUACACACGAUUUGGAUCAGACAGUCCACUGUUUAUCAACCGUGAGUUGGUGGAGAGGGGCUUUGCUAUCUGGAAAGAAGGGCCAUUGGCUAACGAGAGUUGAUUACUGACAAACGGACUUCCCAUUAUUUAACACUGUGAAAUCUCAACAAAUUACGGCAAUCAUAUCACUUGUACUUAUGUCCACUAUGUCUGCUAAUAUUCUGAUCACAAUGUAAAAACAA